AUGCGUCUUCGUCAGUUCAUCCCUGAGCUUCUGCUCCUGGGCUCAACUACCCAAGCUCGACCUACGGAAGAGUGCCCUGAUGGGGUUUCUGUCGUCAAGGUCCAGCCUGAAGUUAUUGUUGGGCUUCAGCCUGUCAGUAUAAGUGCUGUGUUCACUAGUAACACGGUGCUCACUAUUGAUGGGACUACGAUUCCUAUCACUGGUGCUCCUACUACCUUGGUAACUGCGUUUACUAUUACGAAGACUUCGACUAGGUACAUCACUGGUAACCCAGAACCGUACUUUACUGGUCCCUAUACGACCAUCACUAGUAACAACCCCGGAACGAACCCCACUACGAUCAUCCGACCGCCCUCUGGCAGUGAUCACACCGGAACUGUUAUCAUAGUCAACCCAUCGGGUGGCUCUGGUGGCACACGUCCUGCCUUCACUGGCCCGUAUACGACUAUCACAGCCGAUGGCCCAGGAUCUCAGGCUACGACUGUGACACUCCCACCUUCUGGUACUGAUGGUGUUGGAACUGUCAUCGUGAUUGAUCCAACUUCUCCUGGUUCCAAGCCCUCUUCUACUCAGUCAGGUAAGUCUCCGGCAACGACUCUCACUAUCCCACCAUCUGGAACGGAUGGCACUGGCACUGUUAUCGUUAUUGGACCUACGACAACUUCUGGAUCUGGACAUGCUUCCUCUGGUGGCUCAGCUCAUACCACGUCUAGAGGUUCUGGUGUCCCCAAACCCAGCUCUGUCACCUCGAAGGGUCCCUUCACUGGUCCCUUCACCACCAUUACUGGUAUCAACACUGGUUCUGCUGGAACUACAGUCACACUCCCCCCCUCAGGCACUGGCAGUAUCGGUACGGUCAUUGUCCUUGAGCCUAGCACGACUGCCCAGAGGACGACCUUUACAGGUCCCUUCACCACGAUUACUGGUGUCAACUCUGGCACGGUCGCUUCCACAGUGACCCUUCCCCCUUCAGGCUCAGACCCUACCGGCACUGUCAUUGUCCUCGAGCCCAGUGGGACAUCGAAGCCAAGUACCUUCACUGGUCCUUUCACGACCAUUACUGGAGUUAAUACCGGCUCAUCGGGCACGACUGUUACUCUUCCCCCUUCCGGUACAGGCUCCGUUGGUACUGUCAUCGUUCUUGAGCCUAGCAAAACUGGACCCCAAAGCACCUUCACUGGCCCCUUCACUACAAUCACCGGUGUCAACACAGGAAGUCUAACUGCAACACUUACGCUGGCCCCCUCUGGCUCCGACCCGACCGGCACGGUUGUCAUUCUAGAGCCUUCAGUCACUGCCCCUGCCUCUAGCUUCACAGGUCCCUUCACCACCAUUACCGGUAUCAACACCGGCACCGGUGUUGCAACUCUCACUCUAGCACCCUCUGGUACUGACUCAACUGGAACCGUUGUCAUUCUUGAGCCUUCUUCCUCUGCCCCUCCAAGCACUUUCACUGGUCCCUUCACCACCAUCACUGGAGCUGGUCCUACCCCGACCACUGUCACGCUUCCUCCUUCAGGUGGUGACCCGAGCGGUACUGUUAUCGUGAUUGGUCCUCCUUCAAGCACAACCUUUACUGGACCUUUUACUACCAUUACGGGGGUCAACACAGGCACUGGAUCUUCCACCGUCACCUUGCCUCCUUCUGGUACUGGCACCAUCGGUACCGUUAUCGUGCUCGAACCAUCCACCAGCGCCAGCGCCACUGGACCUUUCACAGGACCAUUCACCACUAUCACGGGAGUCAACACCGGAACUGCAACUGGCGCUUCCACUCUGACUCUACCUCCCUCUGGCACCGACCCUACCGGUACUGUGAUUGUCUUGGAACCUUCUGUUUCAGCCCCAGCGAGUAGCUUCACUGGACCUUUCACAACGAUAACCGGGGUGAACACUGGCACAGCAACCGGCGCUUCCACAUUGACCCUACCUCCUAGUGGCACAGAUACAGUCGGCACAGUCAUCAUCCUAGAGCCCUCUACUUCCGCAGCCCCAACAACCUUCACAGGUCCUUUCACUACCAUUACAGGCGUCAAUACUGGAACUGCAACUAGCCCUGCUACUCUGACUUUGCCUCCUUCCGGCACGGAUACAGUCGGGACUGUCAUUGUCCUAGAACCUUCAACUUCAGCUGCAGCUACCACCUUCACUGGACCCUUCACUACCAUUACCGGUGUCAACACGGGAUCUGCAACUGGGCCUGCCACCCUGACACUUCCUCCUUCUGGUACAGAUUCAGUUGGUACAGUCAUCGUCUUGGAGCCUUCAACUGCUGCUACCCCAACUACCUUCACAGGUCCAUUUACCACCAUCACUGGAGUGAACACAGGGACAGCCACGGGAGCUCAAACCGUCACCUUACCACCCUCCGGAACCGAUACCAUUGGAACCGUCAUCGUACUCGAGCCAUCAACAUCAGCCUCUGCUUCGACAUUCACUGGUCCUUUCACUACGAUCACGGGUAUUAACACAGGCACAGGCACAGGUACAUCAACCAUAACUCUGCCCCCGUUAGGAACAGACACUAUCGGAACUGUUAUCGUUCUUGAGCCGUCUACAUCAGCACCUGUAUCAACAUUCACUGGUCCUUUCACCACCAUCACUGGUGUCAACACUGGUACCGCUACGGGUGCAUCCACCUUGACACUCCCGCCAUCAGGCACAGACACCAUUGGAACCGUGAUCGUUCUUGAACCUUCUACUUCGGCACCUGCUUCGAGCUUCACUGGUCCUUUCACUACGAUCACUGGAAAUGGUCCUGUUGCUACUACUGUGACUCUGGCACCAUCUGGUACAGACCCUACCGGUACCGUGAUUGUUCUUGAGCCCACUUCUACUAGUCCUGUCUCUCCUGGUGCUACUGGAACCAGCGAUGCGGGAGCUUCCUCUACCGCUGCUCCUACUGCUGAGUCUUCAUCCUCUGGCGCUGGAGAGUCCACCAGUACUUCAGAUACCCCCGCCGAGACCUCUUCCGGCUCUGGCCCCGAGUCGUCUAGCACAUCUGCACCCGCUGGUGAAUCUUCCGGCGCCUCCUCUGCUGCUCCUGAGUCCUCUUCCGAUGCAUCUUCUGUCCCCACAGAGACAUCUGCCAGCUCUGCGGGUACUGAAGAGUCCUCCGCUGCCACAUCAGAUGUUCCCUCCGAGACUUCUAGUGAUGCUGGUGUGAACACUUCAUCUGAUGCUGGUGCCUCUUCCAGCCCCGCGACCUCUGAUGUCCCUGAGACUUCCUCGGGUGCCGCAAGUAGCUCCGAUGCUUCAAGUGAUUCUCCCGCCACAUCCACAUCUGCAGCAUCCGAGGAGUCUUCUGUUACGUCAGACGCCCCUGCUGAGACUUCCAGUGAUGCUGGUGCUUCUACCUCUAAUGCUCCAGCCACCUCUUCAGCUGACGCUGAGUCCUCAUCCGCUACAGCUGGGGAGUUCUCUACAUCUGAUGGACCUGCUGAGACCUUAAGUGACACUGGCUCGUCUGCUGCCGCAACCUCUUCCGAUGUUCCCGAGUCAUCUUCAGCCGGCACUGAGCCUACCAGCACUUCCGAUGACUCUGGUGCCAGUGCCACGUCGUCUCCCGCAACAUCAGAUACCCCUGAGACCUCUUCCGAUGUUCCCGCAGAAACUUCCACCGAUGCUGGUGCCAACAGCUCAUCAGACUCUGGUUCUGCAACCUCUUCUGAUGUCCCCGCUGAGACUUCCUCUGAUGUCCCUGCCAACAGCUCCUCGGAAGAGGCCAGCACAUCCGCACCUGCGACCUCAUCCGAGCCCGCUGAGACCUCUUCCGCCGACACGGAGCCUACCAGCAGCGCAGCCGAUACCUCUUCAACCCCUGCUGAGACAUCCGCUCCCGAGUCCUCCUCCGCUGCCCCCGAGACCAGCGCCGAGCCCACCUCAUCAGCCGCAGAGACAUCUGCUGAACCUACUACAACCGAAGCCCCAACUUCUUCAGCAGAACCUACCAGCUCCCCCCCCAGCCCAACCACUCCCGAGCCCCAAUCCUCCUCCGCAUCAGAGUGUAUCCCCACAGCCAGUGUCCAACCCUUCUGCGACGUCGCUCUCCCCGCCGGCUGUCAAGCCCUCGAGACCACAAACGGUCUCGCUCUGGUGCCCGUCCUCGCCGCCUGUACCGUCGCCCUCGGUCCUUUCGCCAUCGGCAACGUUGCUACCUGUCUUGCAACUAUCCCAUCUUUCUUCACCGUUGGUUCAGACAUUGCCGAUUGUAUCCUCACUGCCUUUGAAGGUCGCUGCAUCACCACACUUCCCGACUCUUGUGCCGAUCUCGCCAACGCCAACGGUCUCGCGCUCGUGGCUGAUGUCGCUGUCUGUGCCGUUGCCCUUGGUCCCUUCGCUGCUGGGAGCGCUGCUACUUGCCUCGCCUCCGGAUCCAUUGGCUCGUCUACUACAGGUGUUAGCAUUGUGGAAUGUCUUGAGAUUGCGUUUGGCUUCGCAUCUGGCACGGGUACCAUCACUGGAGCAGACAACUGUGUUGAGCCAACGCCGACCCCAACUCCUGUGGAGGUGUGUGCAUCUGUUCCUGAGCCCUGCGAGAAUCUCGCCAACACCAACGGCCUCGCUCUCAUCGCCGCUAUCCCUGUUUGUACAGCUGCACUUGGUGGCUACGCAGUCGGUAACGUGGCGACUUGCUUGGGCACCGACCUCAUCAGUUCAAACACGUUGGGUGAGACUAUCGUCACUUGUCUUGAAGAUGCCUUGUCUGAGCAGUGUAUCACUUCGCUUCCUGAGCCAUGCCUCAACUUGGCCGACAAUAGCGCUAUCCAACUUGCCAUCAACCUUCCACUUUGCGUGACUGCUCUUGGACCAUUCGCUGUUGGAACUACGGCUACUUGUCUCACGUCUAGCUUGACUAAUGGCAACUCCAUCAUUGAGUGUCUGAACGAUUCCCUCUUCAGCAAUACUGCAGAGGCUGUGUAA